UGAUCACAGGAUUGGAAUUCAAAACGCCUUUAACAAAUUGGAGAAUUGGUCUUGAGCCAAACUUCCUGGCUGGGCCCCUCUCCCUAGACUGGGCUGAAGUGAAACCCCAGAGCCAAACACUCCUCUUCCUGGGCAGUGCGCUCCACCCUUGAAUGGUCAGAUGCUGCUUAGCACUGUCACAGCAGCUUUGCCUGGGGGAUUCUCCCAGCACUUUCCAACAGCGGGAAAGUAUGAAAUCCCCAGCAACGGAACUCAGGAGUCCUGAAUCCCAGUCCCCUGGUCCAGUGACUCCAGCAGAGCACACUCCCUCUCAUAGGCAGGGGGAGCGGCCAUGAGGGCCUGCUUGUAAUUGCCAGCUGUGGGAGGGAGUGUGAAGCAGUGGUUAGCAAAGGGGCCUGGAAAGAAGGACUGCUGGGUCCCAUCCAUACAUUUGACACUUCGUGUGACCCUGAGCCAGUAGCUUCCCCUCCCUAUGCCUGUUUCUCAUCAGUAGGGUUGGGGUCACAGUCCCGACAGCCCAGGGGGGUGGGGAGGCUCCAGGAAGGUGUGUAAAGUGCUGGGAUUUCAGGAUCCUGGAGGUGCUGUCACCCCUGCACUAGGGUGAUGUUCUGCACCCCCUGCUGCUGGUCAAGUUUCUCCUUUCCUUGGCAAUAAGACAGACUCUUGUUUUCCCAGCCAGCUGAUCGCUCAGUGUCAUCACCCUGCCUGCUGGCUGGGCAGGGUAACUUCUCAGGUCACCACCCCCCUCUCCAGCCUUCCUUGGGCUUGGAGAGUGAGGAGAAGGGCGAGGGAUGACACUGAACAUCCUCCAUCCAUCGCUCCGUCACCAGAGCAAUUCCAGGAUGGCCAGGCUCCUGAGGAUGUUCAGGAAGAAGGCUCUGCAGGCGGCCCCAGAGCCUGUGGGAAGCAGCUGCCAUCUUCCCCAGGAGCGGAGUGGCCCCUUCGUCCCCACUGGUGGGGAAGGAGCUCCCGGCCGGGCCAGGAGGUGGAAGUGCCUAGCCUUCUGGAAGAGGAAACCUGCUCCCGGCACAGGCACCAAGGUGGGAGAGGCACCGGCCAGGCCAAAAUGGAGCUGGGCCAGGAUGCGGCUGGGCAGGCAGGACCCAGCCCAGGAGCAGAACCAGGCAGGGUGGCUCCAGGGCUUGUUGUGUGGGCAGCAGCGGCCCCAGGAGCCCAGCCCCGAUUUCCAGCAGGAGGCAUUGCCCUGCCCAGUCAGUGGGGACCUUCCAGCCUUCCCAGAGCAGGAGGUGGAGGAUCCCUCUCCCAGCCCCAGCAGCUCGGCCCGCUCCCCAUUGGACAGCAGCAGCGCCUGGGACUCGGACAGCAGCGUGGCUGACGGACGCUUCUGCUUUGUUCCAGCAAAACACAAAGACCCAUUGCGCCACAGAGACACAUGUCUGCUGUUACCAAGGCUGCUGCCUAGCAGCGUGCGCAUCUGCCUGCCAGCGCUAGAGCUCGCAAGGCAAGUGUGGGUGCUGGAGGUAAAGAGCCAGUAGAGUGACACAGCAGCUCUAAAGGGGGGUGAAGGCCAGGAGUGAGGGGUUCAGGGCAUGGGAAGGGGCUCUGGGCUGGGGCAGGGGGGUAAGGAUGCGGGCGGGGGUGAGGGCUCUAACAGGGGAUGAAGGGCAGAAAUGAGGGGUUCAGGGUACGGGAAGGGGCUCCAGGCUGGGCAGGGGGUUGGGGUGCAGGAAGGGGUGAGGGCUCCGGCUGGGGAUGUGUGUAACCUUCCCCUUUCCAUAGCC